AUGGUACGCCUUACUUGUUUCGUAAGAGAGUAUUUAAGUCAGCAAUGCAUGUUUUUUGGAGCAGGGAUCAAUGAAACUGAAGAACGAGGAGGACAUGCAGUAAAUUCUAUGUUAGAAAAGAUAAAUUGUUUAAAAGAUCAGCCGUUUUCUCCCAAGAAACUAAUCGAAUCUGCCAUACUCAUUCAACUUUGGCAAUGGCUUACGUCUCAGAAAGUGUCAUUGGAAGAACCGGUAUUAAAGCUCCUUCUCGAAUUUAAUAAAAUAAUUGCAAAGCAGCGUCUUGAGCGUUCAUUCAUCUACCAAAAGAUACCGUUCCAUUUCUACCUUCCAAUAGAACAUAAUCGAAAUAUAAGGCGAGCAAAAGAUAUAAAACAUUUGAUUUUCUCACCGGUGUUCCAAAACCAUCUGAAAACCUACACCCCUGGCGUUAUUCGUGACAUGAUUGACAGUUUUAUCAGUGCUUAUGUGAAGGAGAUGGCAAAAGAGACUGGCAAAGAUAUUGGAUCUAUAGAUGAUAUCCCAGAUUUAAUGUUGAGUGUUACCUUUGGUGGUUCAGAUACAACCUCUACUUCAAUAGCUUGGUUUAUAUUGUACAUGGUUUUAUAUCCUAAUGUUCAAGAACAAAUUCAUGAUGAACUUGAUCAAGUCAUAGGUAAAGAAUAUUUACCUCGAUGGCAAGAUGUGCAGAACAUGCCCUACCUGCAAGCUACGAUAUGUGAAGUUAUGCGUAGGUCUAGUCCACUACCAAUAGCUGGUUCAAAUGCAAUACGCGACACAACUCUUGCUGGAUACCAUAUACCUAAAGGAACGCUAGUGCUUCUCGACAUAACCCAAAUUCAUCACGACAAACACGAGUGGCCGGAGCCUGAGGAAUUUAAACCUGAGCGUUUCCUGGACAUCGAAGGGAAGUUUGUUGGUUGGAACAAACUUAACGCUUUUAUGCCAUUUGGACUCGGUCGUAGAGAAUGCGUUGGCACUGCAUUCGCAAAAAUCAUGUUGUUUACAUUUGCAGCGACAUUAUUACAUUGCCUUAGGUUUGAGUUACCAGAGGGAUCUAAGAAGCCGAGUGAAGAACCAUCAAGAAUUCAACUAGUUUCUUCUCCAACAGAAUUCCAAGUUGUAGCAAGAAAACGACGGUGA